AAAGUAGGGAUGCCUGCAGAUUUCAAUGGUUACUGGAAAAUGGUCAGCAAUGACAAUUUUGAGGAGUAUCUGAAAGCACUGGAUGUGAAUGUUGCUGUAAGAAAAAUAGCAAACUUGCUAAAACCUGACAAAGAAAUCCUUCAGAAUGGGGAUCAUAUGAUCAUUAAAACGCUAAGCACUUUUAGAAACUACAUCAUGGAAUUUGAUGUAGGAAAGGAGUUUGAGGAGGAUUUAGCCGGGGUGGAUGACCGCAAAUGCAUGACCACCGUAUCCUGGGAUGGAGAUAAGCUUCUUUGUGUACAGAAUGGAGAAAAAGAAGGUCGUGGUUGGACCCAGUGGAUUGAAGGAGAUGAAAUGCACCUGGAAAUAAGAGUGUGUGGAGUCAAGUGUAAGCAGGUCUUUAAGAAGGUACAGUGAGCCUACUGCUGAUACAGAAGUGAAGAACAGUAGAAUUUACAGACUUACCGCCAAAUCUCCAAAUGCUAGUAAUGAACACCAUCAGUGAUGAGACCAAACACAGAAAUUAAGAUCACGUUAGAACUGUGUAGUUAGAAUAAAAUAUUUUUAACAAAUCAUUUUAAAGAAAUAACUGCAAAUAAAACUAUUUUUAGAAAUGCCAAUUAAAGAUACUAAACACUAUAAAUGUGUGCGUACCAUAAUUCUUGACUACACCAAGAUAGGACUGUUUGAUAUAAAAGAGGAUACUGGAGUUUAAGACCUUGUAAGCUAAGUUUUUUACUUACAAUGGAAAUCACCCUUCCAUAGCCUUAGCAGCGGGCCUUCAGGUAGUCUUCUUUUCAAAUGCUGAAUUGUAGUUGUGGGGACACAAAUGAAAGCUGUAGUAUGUGGCUUAGACUUAAACCCUGAUUUCACUGAAACCAGUGAGAAUUUUACCAGCAGCUCCAACGGAGCAGUACUCACUGCAAGUAUUCCACCAAAACCAAAAAUCUGAUUUCUCAUAAUAAGGAAGGGAUGGAUCAAUAGUCUGGAAGAGCAGUACUUACACAAACAUGGCCAAAAUUCUUUUCUAAACGCUUUAGCCAAUAUCUGCCCAUUCAUUUUUUUUUCUUUUUCUAGAGAAACUAACAAUAAGAUCACUGCUAGAAACGGUAUAUAACUGUACACACACCACACAAGAGAUAUGACUAGCAUUGAUUUGUAUAAUAUAAUUUGCAGAUUUUUUUAUGACCCAUCAUAGUCCUCGUGUUCUCAUGCAGACCGAGUGCAUAACAAAGCAUUGGCCUAGCAGUUUCCAACGCUGAUUUAAUCGCUAGUUAUUGUAAUAGUAAUUUGCAAACCAAAUUGUUGUAUUUUCAGUCUGUCAACACACAGGAUAUACAAUUAGCACCACCACUUCACAUCAAGUUCAAAAAAACACAAGGAUACAGGGUGCCUAGUUGGAUCAGACCUACCUGACACAUUACAUAGCAUGAUUAUGAGUGUCUCCUGUAACAACUGUUAUUAGCCAUUUUCAGAUAUUUAAGCAGUGGGGAAGUUGCUAUGGGAGAGUGUGAGGUGUUCUGAAGUGGGAACAUACCUUUCCCUACGCUGCUGCAACUCCUGCGCAUAGCAUUGCUCUUGCCUUCUUUGGGAGCCCAGCGCUGAGGCUGAGAAAAAUUUUAGCAUGUAAAUGGAAACUAAUGCCACGGUUCUCUGCUAACCAGAGACAGUCUUAAAAUAUGCACUAUUAUUAAGCCCAUUUAGAAAAGCUAGCAGCCUGAUCUAACGUGAAGAAAUGGAGGUUCAGAAACAGUCAUUGUAAACUGUAAAGUUAGUACAGCACGGAUAGUAAACUUCCUGAACUGUGGUAUUUCAACCGUACUAUAUGUAUUGCGAGUGUGGCACCAGAUGUGCUGUAAUGGACAUCUAAUUCCAUUUUGUGAAGUUUUGGUUUUUGCUUUACAUCAGAAGGUACACAGAAAAUAUUAUCCGUGAAGACUUAAGCAUCCCCAUGUGAUAAACAGGUGAAAAAUACUUCCUUUCCAUGUAAAGUCUUGUGUUACUAUUGCAACAGCUGUGGCUCAUACUACUUAGAAUUACAGACAUAUGUAAUGCAAUUGUUUAAGUACCUUGUAAGUUUUUUUCUUGGCAAUAUGUAAUACUCAUGCCUAAGGAAGACUCCAGGAAUUAUACUUGAGCCUAGUCAACCAGAUAUAUGCAGAAGCUGGUUUUCUCUGAUGGAAGAGUGUGUUAGCCAUCUAGGUUUCCAUUGCUAAAUGGGUAUCCCUCCUGACCAAUAUACAGACCAGCAGUUAAUGGUGAUUAAGUUUUCUUUUACUUGAAGCGGGACAGGUCAAAACUUGUUACAGUUAAAUAAGAUAGAAGGGUUUUGGGGACAGAAGAGGAUCAGAAACCUGUGUAUCUCGGGUUAAAAGUACUGCUCUGCUUAAGUGAAAUUGCAAAUAGCUGUCUACUUAAAGUGUUAUUUAUCACCUUACACAUGGUUGGGGAUAUCCCAGUUGCCAAAUUUCAGUGCAUCAGUCAUUUGUUUCCCUUGAAAGAUUAUUAGACACAGAAACUUCUUUCCUUCAAGUUUCUAAAUUAUUGAUUUCAUAACUAUGCACACCCUUCAGAUAUCUCUCCACGCUUCAGCCCCAAGGAAAGCAAGAGAACAAUGGAAAAUAAGGAAUCAACUCCAACUUCUCUUUUAUAACAGAUCUUAAUUUUUCUGACCACCUGUAUUUUCUUUCUUAUACGAAAAUUUAAACUACACAAUAGAGGGUUCACACCACUAUCCACAAUUAAACUUUACAUAAUUCUUUUUAGUGUUCAGCACUGACUGAGACUUUUUUUGAGAUGUAGUUUUCCUUCAAUAGAACUUGGCAGUUCAUAACCCUUAAUCUACCAGAUGUCUUCUAAUUUUUGCCUGCAGGUCCCUGCAGCCUUGUGUAACAUUCACAAACUCUUUUUGCAGAAGGUUGUAAGUGGAUCAAUUAACAUCUAGCUAAGUAAAUCCGAUUGUUAAAAGCUAUUAUUAUUGUAAUCAAACAGACAGCUUUCCCCCUUUAGGUCAUUUGGUACAAGGGCAAAUUUAGCACCGUACUAAUAACUAAUGGCAUAUCAACCAGAAGCAAUGUAACCUGCUUCUAAUUAUGGAGAAAAGGCACGCUCAGGAAGUACUUCCACAGUUCACACACAUAAAAUAUAGAAACUUCAGAAAUGUUUAACUUCUCUUCAAAUCAUCUCAAUUGCUUGUCAUUAUAAUUGUAACGUCUUAUCUCUACUGCAGCAACCAUUUCCCUUGGAAAAGGAAAUUAUGUUCAUUCACUGCUUCCAUGAUGGUCCUCUCCAAAUAAUGUGUAUAAAAUUACCCACACUGUUUCCAUAAACCUUUAAUAACUUGUCAUAAAAUGUCAUUUAAAACUUCCUCCAUAAAAUAGCUGCUUACUGAAUGCAUAACAUUCAACAAUUACUUGACAAACAUCAGCCUCCCAGACUACUUUCAAAGCUAUUUAGUAGUCAAGACCUUCCAAGUGAAUUCAUAUCCAGAUUUGCUUACUACCCAGGACUCCAACUUCAUAUUAAUUUGAUUGAUCUUCCACAGAAUUUCAGCCACAGUUUGCCAAUACCAACCCUGUAUUUCUGCACAAUUGCAUAACUUCCAGAUAAUGGACAUAUUUAAUUUUGUAAGGAAAGACCAGUGCUUAGAGCAGCAGUGUGGUGGAAAGGGGAAAAGGUGCAUUUCACCAUUUCUAAAAGUUUAAUCCAGUCUUAGUAUUAUGCUCAAUCCAGAAAAUGCUAGGUGACAAAAGCUGAAGAGUAAAUUAAGGCCAAUGUGUUCAUUAAGCAAGAUUGUUCUCCUUCUUCAGUUCCCACAGUUUGGGAUUUUGUGUGCAUUUUCUAGGUCGGUGUGAUCUUCUGAAGAUGGCUGGGAACUCACUGCCAUGUUUUAUAGUUCUGUGGCUUUUCAGCGAAGGGCACACACAGAAAGAAUACAUACUUUCUGUCUUUAUAGCACAUGAAGGCAUGUUGUGCAUAUGAAGUUUCAGCUUUAUCAAAGCAGAGAAAUAACUGUGUUUUUAGCAGACAUGGUGCAACAGAGCAAAAUUCAGAGCCUGAAAGUUCAGGAUGACCAAAUUUACUGUGAAAACAGAAGCAGCAAAGAUACAGCUAUAAGCAACCUGCUUAACUUUGCUGAAGAUAUAGAGAAUUAAACAAACAUUAGGGAUAAACUAAACUUAAUCUACCUAAGGUAUGUAACAGUACUAGAGCUAUAAGCUCAUCCAAAAUUUCUCAGAUAUUCACCUGAUUUUUCCAGGAAAAAAAACUAAUUUUGGUUUGAUAAUGCCAACUUCAGCCUUCUGCAACAUUGUUGAAAUAUUCUGUGCAGAUCUUUUCAUUAUAAGCCCCUAAAAUUAAGAUACGUCUACUUUACUCCUUCCCCAUAAAUUCAAUCCUUUCUUUGCAGAUCAGAGUGAUACAGCUUAGAUAUUGAAAUUUGUUCUAGUGCUGCAUAUUCAACCUACCGUUAGCUUAAUGUUCCCCUAACAUCCUCCUGUUCCUCUUCCUUCUUUCCCUUCAACUCGCUCACUAUCCAACAAUGUUGCAUAGCCUGAGUAAGAAGGUCUGGAAUACAGCUGGUUUUCUACUGGCUUUCUUCCUACGACUCUAGGCUGGAGUCCACUUGGAUCUCAGACAGGGAGUUCCGUGGAGGUACUUGCUUAAAAGCACUAACCUCAUUGUUUUCACAAAAGUCUUUCCUAUAGAGUCGAAGCAAGGCACAUGGAAGCAUUCAAAAAUAAAACCCAGUUUCUGGUAUAAAUUUGCGAAAAGGGAAUUUCCGACUUAUGGCCAGUGCGGUAGCUAUUAAGCACAAGUUUUGUACAUUCAGUUGUAGUUCACAACAAAAUCAAUACAGAAGACUGCUUGCUUGAUCUCAGAUCCUUGGUUAUACACAUUUAAAACUGGCCUUUGGGCAGAAUGGAGGAAUACAAACCAGUCAUUACAGGUUUUUUUAGCAGUUGGAUAUUAAAAUGAAAUAUCUCAAGCACUGAUCUCUCAAAAAUUGUAUUUGCUAAAGUUUCACUUUUGUGAGUGCAGUUGCAGCAUUACAUUACUUAUUUCCACCCUUGCUGUAAGACCUUACUUGUUUAGCUAAAACUCCAUUUUCAGUAUUCAGACCACAGGGAACAGACAAGCUGGUUGACAAUUUUCUACUACCCAAUUCUUAGGAUGGCUCCACUGAUAUAAAUAGUAAGAGACCCUAAGCUGCAUGCCUCUUAGCAAAUACUUAGAGUAUACUGUGAAUUUACAGAGGCACAGACAUACACCCAGCAUAGUUUUCAUCAAAACAGAGACCAAGUUUGGAAAAAAAACCCUGGUGGUACAAUC